AUGAGGAAUUUGGUGGUUCUCCAGGAGCUGCGUUCUCGAUUGCCUGCACAUGGAGGUGAUGCGUCGCUCGAAAAGCUUGCCGUGGAUCCCUAUCUGGGAAUCAUUUACGUAAUCACCAAAGACAAGCACGUCAUCGGCCUGGCACCGUUCAGCAAUGAGGUCACCUUCACCGUGGAUGUCAGCGAUGUGAUCCCGCCCAGUUCGGUGAUUGUGGCGGCCCAAUUCGUGCCCGACCUUGGCUCCGUUUGCUACGCCACGGCCACCGGCGAGCUGGUCGUCUUCAACGCCGAGUGCGUGGGGUUCAUCGACUCGGAGAUCCGUGGCAUGUCGUGGAGCCCCGAUUACGAGCUCAUGAUCCUCGUCACGGGCAACCGGACGAUCCUCUCCAUGACUCAGGAGUGGGAGAUCGUCACCGAGGUGCCUCUGCAGGACGAACCGCAGGCACAGACAAAGGCCGAUGAUGAAGGAGCACAGUCAAACCUGCCCUCCUUGUCUUGGCGAGGGGACGGCAACUACUUCGCAGUCAACAGUCUCGAUGCCGACGGUGAGAGGAGACUGCGCGUGUUCGACCGCUCCCUGGUUCUGGACUCGGUGAGUGCCGCAACCUCCAAUCUAGAGGAGUACACGUGUUGGAGGCCCUCAGGAAGCAGCAUCGGAUGUUCGCAGCAGAAGCCGAACAAGCACGACAUCAUCUUCUUUGAAAGGAAUGGCCUGCGCCUGGACCGAAUGGACUUCACGCUCCGAGACGAGGCCAAGGUAAUCGCCAUGCAGUGGAACUCCAAUUCGGACAUCCUCGCGGUCGGGCUGCAGCUCCUGGGGUCAAGCAAAGAUCAAAAGAAGGCGACGACGGUCGUGCAGCUCUAUUCCUUCUCGAACUACCACUGGUACAUGAAGCAGGAGUUCAAGUACCACGACUGGGAGCUCGCCGACCUGCUCUGGGACCCGGAGAACCCCAUGAACCUCACCGUCAUCUGCCGGUCUGGGCAUCUCAUGCGCUACCAUCUAUGUUGGGAUCCGACGAUCAGCGACGGCAACGCCCUCACCAACGAAUCUGUCGCCGCCGUUGUAGAUGGAGCGUCGGUGCUGUUGACGCCCUUCAAGAGGGUGGUGCUGCCCCCGCCCAUGUACUCGACCAAGCUCGAUUGCCCGGCCAACGUGUCAUCGGUCUCGUUUGCGCCUCGGUCCUAUGACAUCGGCGUACUGCUCGCCGACAACACCGUCGCCCUAUGGGCUCCCUUUGACACCACAUCGCAGCGACCUCCCUUCAAAACGGCGCCCGGCCUUCGAGCAGUUCUGGCACUCACCCACGAAAAUGAAGAGAAGACCGGCAUCUCCGCUCUGAGCGGCCUCCGGCAGCUUCACUGGAUCGACGCCAACACCCUGCUGGUCGUGGAGAGCGUCACCGGCGGCACGAUCGUCGACUACGUGGUGCAGGUCCAGUUCGAGGUCAAAGAGGGCAAGGCCGAGGUUACCAAGAGCCACCGCACGCCAGUCGACGGACGCCUCGUGCGCCUGUUCCACAACAAGGACACCGAGCGCGUGUUUGUCGAGGUCGACGAUGGCAGCGUGCUCGAGUACAUCGCUGACGCGGAGAUGCCCAUCCUUGAAGACCAGGUGUUCCAAUUCAAGGGUCCCGGCGGACAGACCACCGUGUGUCCGUGGGUGGCCACGGCCGUGAUCGCUGGGGAGGAAUCGUUCAUCGGGCUGAACGACAGGUCGAAGCUGUUCCUCAACGAGCACCUGCUGUCGUCCGAGUGCAAUUCGUUCGCCCUGCACUCCAAGUUUCUCUGCUUCGCCACGCUCGGGCACAAGAUGCGCUUCGUCUCCCUUUCCGCGCCCUACCGAGAGGGAUCGUUGGACAUCAGCGCGACACAGGCCUACGACGACACGGUCAGGGAGCUGGAGCGCGGUUCCGUGAUCGUGUGCGUGUGCCCAAACGACAUCAAGGUCGUGCUGCAGAUGCCCCGCGGCAACCUGGAGGGCAUCUUCCCGCGCAUGCUCUCGCUGUCGGUGGUGAAGGACCUGCUCGACCGACACGAGUACCGCACCGUGUUCACGUUGAUGCGCAACCACCGAAUCGAUCUCAACCUCUUCUACGACCACAACCCGCAGGACUUCCUCUCGCGCGUGGAGGACUUCAUCAAGCAGGUCGACCGCGUGGAUUUCCUGAACCUGUUCCUCUCCUCCCUGAGCGACGAAGACGUCACGACCACGCUCUUCGCCACCAUGUACACAACGGACAAGACGGAGGACAACCCCACUACGGGUGUGGCCACGCCCGCACCUGCCAAGGGCACCAAAGUGCGGUCGAGCACGAAGGUGAACACGAUAUGCGAUGCCAUGCGCGAGGCGUUGAAGAGGGUGGACGCCAAGAAGUAUCUCCUCUCCAUCCUCACCUCCUACGUCAAGAAGGUCCCGCCAGCCCUCGAAGAGGCCCUCCUCAUGAUCCGCGACCUACGCAACCAGCAGCCGGCUGAGAUCAUGGACCCGUUCGCGGAGGAGGACGGCGAGAAGGGCCACAAGGAGAAGAACCCCGCCGAGGAGGCCAUGAAGUACAUCGUAUUUCUGGUGGACGUGAACGACCUGUACAACGUGGCGCUGGGCAUGUACGACUUCGACCUGGUCAUGAUGGUAGCCCAGCACUCGCAGAAGGACCCCAAGGAGUACCUGCCCUUCCUGCAGCAGCUGCAGGGCAUGCCCAAGUACGUCCAGCGGUACACCAUCGACGACUUCCUCGGCCGACACGAGAAGGCCCUCGAAAACCUCAGCCAAGCGGACGAGAGCUACUUCCCGCAGUGCAUUGAGCUGAUGAAGAAGCACAAGCUGUACCGCCUCGCGAUGGACCUCUUCAAGAACGACCAGGAGAAGCACAAGCAGGUCCUCUGCCACUACGCCAAGUACCUCGUCUUCCGUGAGCGACACCACGAAGCCGGCCUGAUCUUCAAGCAGAUCGGCGACCUGGACAACGCGGUGGAGGCGUUCAAGAACGCGGUGAGUUGGCAGCUCAUGCUCGCCACCUGCCAGGAGCUGGACUACUCCGACUAUGACCUGCAGACCGCGGCCCAGGAGAUGGCCGACCUGCUCGCCAACCUCUCGCGCUACCGCGAGGCGGCUCUCGUCUACGAGAGGUACGCCGACGAUCCGGAAACGGCCAUCGUGACGCUGAUCGACGGAGGCUGCUUCACCGAAGCGUUGAGGCUGUGUUACCUCCACAAGCGGAAGGACCUGAUCGAGACGCACCUGCAGCCGGCCAGCCUCGAGCAGUGCGAGAAGUGGAAGAACAAGAUCGAGAAGAAGCACAAGCGGUUCCUGCGACACAAGGAGCGCCUGCCCAUCGCCCGCGGCAUCAUGCGCGCCAAGAUGCAGGAUGCCGAGACCUACGGCGGACCGGACGAGGCGGACGAAGUGGCGAGCAUGGUGUCGGAGGUGUCGAUCUCGAGCAGCGUGUCGUCCCACAUGUCGACCGCAACGGGCACGUCGACGUCGUCGCGCAGCGCCUACGAUUCGGUGAUCAGCGAGGGCGGCACGCGCAGGCGGGUGCGGCGGCCCGGCACGAAGCGGGUCACGGGCAAGGAGGGCUCGCCGCGCGAGGAGGAGUGGCUCGUCACUACCAUGCGCGGCCUCGUCCCCUCCGACAAACUCCUCUCCGAUAUGAAGGAGCUGUUGGAUACGCUGGUGCUGUUCGGCCACAUGGCCGAGGCGAAGGACCUGCACGCCACGCUCGCCGCGCUGGUCGCGCUGAUCAACUCCAGCGCCGACAUGCUGGACGACUCCGAGUGCCUCUACGUCCAGAGGCGAAAGGCCCGGGCGGCCCGCAAGGCUGCUGGGCUCCCCUUGGGCGAGGAAGACGAGGAGGAAGUACACACGAAGGAGGAGCCCAAGAAGCUCAUCAAGAACCUCGAGUGGGACCUCUCGCUCCUCACCGAGUGA